CACAUGUGCAAUACUCGUGCUCUCUGGACCUGUAUAUGUUGAUAGUCAAGAUCGCAUCCCGCGCCAGCUAGGCCCAAAACCCCAUUCACUGUGGUCGAUCACAUCCAUCACCGCCAAAAUGUUCCCAACUUUCGACGUCCCUCCCCAGCAUGCCGAGACGGUAGGAGCUCGUAAGCACAGGAAGGCAAAGGAAGAGGAGGCCACCAGACGCUCUUCGACUGCUACAUCACAAUCAUCAGGGAGCGCUCGAAGCGUAAGGGCCGAGUCUAAUGCUUCUAACAAGAAGAGUGGUGGCUUUGGCUGGUUUGGCAAGAGCAAAGGUGUUCAAGAGAUACCCAAGGUUCCUGCUUUGAAGACCAAGAUCUCAGAGCCCUCAUCGCCGCCUGCUCCUAUUGCUGAACUUGCUGCUCCUUCGCCGCAAGAAACGCCGUCACCGGUCGUCACCUCUCCUGCCAACGAACUUGCUCCUCAGGUUCAAGAAAGACAACCAUCACAACGCUCUAACCCUGACCUCCAAUAUCAACUUCAGCAACGCUUCCACGUCCCACCGCCGUUGCAAUCACUCCCUCCUCCGCCUACAGGUGCUCUUCCUCAGUUGCCAUCCCCUGGUCUGAGUUCACGAGGAAGGAUCGACACGGGGCGGCCCUUACACGAUGCUGAUCGCAUCAAGUCAACCUACUCCAUCCUGUCACAUAAUUCUUACAGCACAACAACAACUUCUUCUGCUCGCACAGGCUUCUCCAACUAUAGCGUCUUUUCAGACCCUCCACGUCGUCACGAUGACGUCCUGUCAGAGGACAGCUGCUACGGUGACGACCACUCACCUAUCUCGAAGACACCGUCACCCAUAACUCCACCCACAUUUGUUGACAAUAGGAGACAACCUCCAAGCCGCCAGAAUGCCGACCCUGCAUAUGCAAGCAACAUUCAGAUGGAGCCUGUCGAGUCGCGAACUGGCAGCCGCAUGAGUGAUGGCCCUACCAAAGCUGCUCAAGGGCCCUUUGCGCGUGCUCUGGGUAAGAUGGAGAGUGCUGGCGCUCGCAUUGUCUCUGCGCGAUUGAGUGAAGAAUGGGAGGGUCUUGACGAUGAUGACGAAAGCCUCCAAGAAGUCAUCUUCGAGAAACGCCUCUGGGCUUUGACAGCCUACCAGCGCUUGACACAGAACAAGCAACUCCAGUCCCCUGCGCACGACUUACUUGCUAACAGUCGACCGGCCGAGCAGAGGAGGGUGUUGCACCUCCAUGGCAACCUUGCUGAUGGCUGGGUUCUGGCAACACGCUACCCUGCAGCGACUGUUUACACCCUCUCCUCAGCGAACACCUCGAACCUCCCAACAUCACAUCCUGCACCAUUGAACCAUCACUCACUAUUCUCGCCGUCCAUCUCAUCAGCUAUGCCGUUCCCAGACAACUACUUCGAUGUAGUCGUCUCACGCUUUGUUUCCACAUCUUUGCGCAACGACGAGUGGGCCCGCUCCUUCUUCGACUGCAUGCGUGUGCUCAAGCCAGGAGGCUCAAUUGAGAUCCUUUCCGUGGACGCCCACAUGAGCGGCGAGGGGCCGCAGCUACAGAACUGGGUCGACGAACAUGUCACUUGCAGGCUUGAAGCUCACAACAUCAGCAUGGUUCCAUCUGAGAGCGUCCUCGACACCAUGGAGAUUGUCGGCUUCGAAAACAUUCGCCGCGCCAGAGUCGCACUUCCUGCAUAUCUUGGCUCUCCUAAAGCGGUCGCUCGAGCAGCACCAAGCAGCAACGGCCUUCCUACUCCAUCGCCGCAAGACGUCGUCGAUGCAAGCCGCAUGAUGGCGUACCUGGGACGCCACUUCUACCAGGAUCUCUACGGAAAGUUUGUGCGCCUUUCUCAAGGAGAGGAGUGGUUCUGGUUCCGAAAGGAUAUCCUCGAUGAGUGUGAGAAAUUCCAGACGAAGAUGGUUCUCACGAUUGCAUGCGCCCAAAAGCCCGGUGCGGCUGUGGGCAAUGAAAGCUACCUCAACAUCUAGAGGAAGCUUUUUCGAUCCUUGCAAACCUUUCAUUUGCCUGCAUGCUAUGGCCAGCAUCUGCAUCACAAUUUCCUGUUUCUGUAUGGCACUACAUUACGCUCGUUCUACAUUUCUACAUGAUACCACUUAUAGACAGACUUUUACUAUGUUCAUACGCCACCUAUGUUCUGGGUACAUGUAUACCUCGAUACCAGUUUAAUUCCAAGACUAUUUGGUACUUUCUGCAGCUUUACUGCAUACGUAAAUGCAGAUGCUGCUGCAAACUCCAUUGCAUGCUUUUGCACUACCGAAUACAUCAUCUGGUAACUUCACUGCACUGCAAUGCAUUCACUACUGCGCUCUCUCCUAUCUGGCUGUUUCAGUCUCCCAUUACACAAUCUAUGUUGAGCGUAUCUCCCCAAAACGGGCCCUGACGGACAAGUUUCCAGUCCCUCUUUCGACUCUGCCGCCCUGUGUAAGUAUCUUCGCCUGGCGCGAGGCGUCUGCACGC